GCCUGUUGCCUUCAGGUCCCGUGACGAAUUUACAUCGGAACUUUCCCCGACCAGGAAAGGCUGAUGUUUCCUCCUUGUCUGAGCUGAAUCGACAGUUAGCAGCAACAUAUAACCACCCGUGACAUACUGGAGGGGUUUUGUGGGGCGUCGGGUCCCUUUAGCCCAAGUAAAGCAUCAAAAAUGUUGGCUUAACCGAGGGUUCGGAGGAGCACCGCCUGGAAACACCAAAAGCAGGAUGCAUCGUUGACUCCUCGUCCCCGCAAGCACAAACCUUCGAUGCGCCACCCCGUGACCUUCUUUCACCGUCCGCAAGAUGGAGGAGCAAUCGGGCCUGCCUAACGUCAGCAUACCGUGCCACAACGAGCAGAGGGACAAGAAAAAGCGCUACACGGUUUAUAAAGUGAUUGUCAACGUGGGGCAGCAGGAGUGGUUCGUCUUCAGACGCUACGCCGAGUUUGAUAAACUUUACAACACGUUAAAAAAACAGUUCCCAUCUUUAAGUUUGAAGAUUCCCGCCAAGAGGAUCUUCGGGGAUAACUUUGAACCCGAAUUCAUCAAGCAGAGACGAGUCGGCCUGCACGAAUUCAUCAAAGGCAUCGUGUCGCUUCCGCAACUUUGCAACAAUCCAGAUGUGAGGAGUUUCCUGCUCAUGGACAAAAUGCAAAACCUGCAGAACUCUGACGCGUCCGAAGAUGAAGACGACAAAAACAACUCAACUUCCAGAAACAUUAACCUCGGACCCUCUGGCAACCCACACGCCAAACCCACCGACUUUGACUUUUUAAAAGUCAUCGGAAAGGGGAGUUUUGGAAAGGUGUUCCUGGCCAAAAGAAAGCUGGACGCCAAGUAUUAUGCAAUCAAGGUCCUACAGAAAAAGGUCAUUCUCAACCGAAAAGAGCAAAAACACAUCAUGGCUGAGCGCAACGUGCUGCUAAAGAACGUGAAACAUCCCUUUUUGGUGGGCCUGCACUACUCCUUCCAGACCACAGACAAGCUGUAUUUUGUCUUGGAUUUCGUCAACGGAGGGGAACUUUUCUUCCACCUUCAAAAAGAGCGGACCUUUUUGGAACCCCGAGCCAGGUUCUACAUUGCUGAAAUGGCCAGCGCACUCGGCUAUCUGCACUCGCUCAACAUCGUUUAUAGGGACUUGAAGCCUGAAAAUAUCCUCCUUGACCACGAAGGUCACAUCAUUUUGACGGACUUUGGCUUGUGCAAGGAAGGCAUUUCUCAGACGGACACCACCAGUACUUUUUGUGGCACGCCUGAGUACUUGGCUCCAGAGGUAUUGAGGAAGCAGCCGUAUGACAACACUGUGGACUGGUGGUGUUUGGGUUCCGUGCUCUAUGAGAUGCUAUUUGGCUUGCCGCCGUUUUACAGCAGGGACACGCAUGAGAUGUAUGACAACAUUCUACACAAGCCACUGGUAAUGCGCGCCGGCGCGUCCAAUGCGGCAUGGUCUCUGCUGCAAGGCCUUCUGGAGAAAGAUGGAGCGCUCAGGCUGGGAGCCAGGGAAGACUUUAAUGAGAUCAAAACGCACCCCUUCUUCUCCACCAUAAACUGGAAUGACCUUGAACAGAAGAGGAUUCCUCCCCCAUUUACACCCAACGUGAACUCUUACUCCGACAUCUCAAAUUUUGAUCCCGAGUUCACUGAGGAGAUGGUGCCCAACUCUGUGUGUUGGACCCAGGAACACUCCAUCGUCAACGCCAGCGUGAUGGAGGCUGACGACGCCUUUGUGGGCUUCUCAUACGCCCCACCCUCUGAUGACUCAUUUCUGUAAUAUAUCCCCGACAGUCUUAAAGGGACGAAAAUUGCAUCACGUCACUUAUUCUACAAAGCCAAAGGAAGCAGCUAUGAUAUGGAACAGCACUUAAAACAGAUUUUAUUGGGAACAAACUAGGAUGGAAAGAAAUCUUUUUUACCCAUUUAUAUUGUAUAGAAAUAUAUCUAUAUGAAAGAUGCCAUUUUAAGAAAUGAGGGCAUUUCUUCAGCAUUGAUGCCACCCCAUAAGUGCCUUAACUUUGUAUUGUAAAAAAAAAAAAAACGCUGGACUUAAAGGACAAAGUUGGACAGUAAAAUAUGUGUCACCACUUUACUAAUAAUGUAGAUUUAUAUAAUUUCCAUGUAAUUGCUGUGAAACAAACCCUAUGGUUCAUAUUCUAAACUCUCGGCUGUAGAAUUACUUGAGACCACAAGAAAGCAGUUUGUGUGUAUCACAGGUCAUAUUUGUUGAAAUGAUGUUUUUUUUCCCCUUUUACAAAGACUUUAGUGGGUUUAUGCUACUGCACAGUAAUAAAUAAAAUAUUAAAGUGUC